AACUUUCAUAGACCAUUACCAUAACAAGCUAAGAAUAUAAUUCAAUGAAAUUAAUUUUAGAGUUUAAUGAAGAAGCGCUUAACCACUUCCACUUCUUCUUCUUCUCCAUCUUCCUCUGUUUCUUCUUCUACUACUACUUCCUCUCCUAUUCAAUCGGAGGCUCCCAGGCCUAAACGAGCCAAAAGGGCUAAGAAAUCUUCUCCUUCUGGUGAUAAAUCACAUAACCCGACAAGCCCUGCUUCCACCAGACGCAGCUCUAUCUACAGAGGAGUCACUAGACAUAGAUGGACUGGGAGAUUCGAGGCUCAUCUUUGGGACAAAAGCUCUUGGAAUUCGAUUCAGAACAAGAAAGGCAAACAAGUUUAUCUGGGAGCAUAUGACAGCGAAGAAGCAGCAGCACAUACGUACGAUCUGGCUGCUCUCAAGUACUGGGGACCCGACACCAUCUUGAAUUUUCCGGCAGAGACGUACACAAAGGAAUUGGAAGAAAUGCAGAGAGCGACAAAGGAAGAAUAUUUGGCUUCUCUCCGCCGCCAGAGCAGUGGUUUCUCCAGAGGCGUCUCUAAAUAUCGCGGCGUCGCUAGGCAUCACCAUAACGGAAGAUGGGAGGCUCGGAUUGGAAGAGUGUUUGGGAACAAGUACUUGUACCUCGGCACCUAUAAUACGCAGGAGGAAGCUGCUGCCGCGUAUGAUAUGGCGGCGAUAGAGUAUCGAGGUGCGAACGCGGUUACUAAUUUCGACAUUAGUAAUUACAUUGACCGGUUAAAGAAGAAAGGUGUUUUCCCGUUCCCUGUGAACCAAGCUAAUCAUGAAGAGGCUAUUCUUGUUGAAGCCAAACAAGAAAUUGAAACGAGAGAAGCUAAAGAAGAGCCUAGAGAAGAAGUGAAACAACAGUACGUGGAAGAACCACCGCAAGAAGAGAAAGAAGAAGAGAAAGCAGAGCAACAAGAAGCAGAGUUUGUAGGAUAUAAAGAAGAAGAGGCGGUGGUCAAUUGCUGCAUAGACUCUUCAGCCAUAAUGGAAAUGAAUCGUUGUUCGGACAACAAUGAGCUAGCUUGGAACUUCUGUAUGAUGGAUUCAGGGUUUGCUCCGUUUUUGACGGAUCAGAAUCUCUCAAAUGAGAAUCCCAUCGAGUAUCCGGAGCUUUUCAAUGAGUUAGCAUUUGAGGAUAACAUUGACUUCAUGUUCGACGAAGCGAAGAACGAUUGCUUGAGCUUGGAAAAUCUGGAUUGUUGCGUGGUGGGAAGAGAGAGCCCAACUUCUUCGUCUUCACCAUUGUCUUGCUUUUCUACUGACUCUGCUUCAUCAACAACAACAACAACAACCUCGGUUUCUUGUAACUAUUUGGUCUGAGAGAGAGAGCUUUGCGUUCUAGUUUGAAUUUCUAUUUCUUCUGCUUCUUCUUCUUUUUCUUUUGUUGGGUUCUGCUAGGGUUUGUAUUUCAAUUUCAGGGCAUGUUCGUUGGUUCUGAAUAAUCAAUGUCUUUGCCCCUU